GCCCCGGGGGAACUUAGCCUUGCUCUACACCCAGGGGUCAAAUUACACUUUGGCUUUUGGGGGGGGAGCUGCGAGAAAAAAAGUGAAACCGGUUCAUUGACUAAGGAGUCCGCCUAAGUGAAGGUGCAGCCCCAUAGGAGGACGCCCCCGUUAUGAUUUUUAAACCGCUGUCCGCUGAGCUUCCUCCUUCAUUCUCAUCCUGUAUGGGGGGGGCAGGCUGCUGCUGCUGAGGUUAUUCUUAGAAAAAUUACUUCCCCAAGAUUCUGAUGAUUGGGAAAACAGCUGUCCAGACUGUUGUAUUACUCAUUCCAGAAGGAACAAACACUUGAAGCAAAGAUUUUCAAAAGAGCUGAUACUUGAAUUCCUGCAGUGGGAUCUACUGGCAAGGCCCCUUAUGCCCAAUGGGGACCCUUUGAAAUCGGUGGAAUCCUUUGUGGACUAGAGGACCUUGACGCAGACUUGAGGAUGCGUCAGGAUGAAACGCCACAGGCAUCUAAGCACCAGUGACAGUUCAGACAAUGAGAGUCCUUCCACAUCCUUUUCUUCUUGUUCUAAGUACAGGAGCAAAUCAAAAACACCAUCAAAUGAACAAAAGAAACCUGCUGAGGUGUUCCGGAAGGAUCUCAUUAGUGCCAUGAAACUCCCUGAUUCUCACCAUGUUAACCCCGAUGAAUAUUACCUCUUUGCGGACACAUGGAAACAGGAGUGGGAAAAGGGUGUUCAGGUCCCAGCCAGUCCAGACACAAUUCCACAGCCUUCCCUCAGGGUUGUAGCAGAAAAGGUGAAGGAAGUGCUAUAUACCCGACCUCGGAAGUAUAUCCAUUGCUCCAGCCAAGAACCUGCAGAACCUGGUUACAUCAACAUUUUAGAACUGGCAGAAUCUGUGUGUCGCUAUGACUUGGAUGAUAUGGAUAUCUUUUGGCUUCAAGAACUAAAUGAGGAGCUUACAGAAAUGGGAUGUGGGCACCUGGAUGAGAACACAAUGGAGAAGACAAUAGAAGUCCUAGAACGGCACUGUCAUGAGAAUAUGAACCAUGCUAUUGAAACUGAAGAAGGGCUGGGCAUAGAAUAUGAUGAAGAUGUGAUCUGUGAUGUGUGCCGGUCCCCUGACAGUGAAGAUGGGAAUGAUAUGGUGUUUUGUGACAAAUGUAACAUCUGUGUCCAUCAGGCAUGUUAUGGAAUCUUAAAGGUUCCAGAAGGAAGCUGGCUGUGUCGUACUUGUGUUCUGGGAAUACACCCUCAAUGUCUCUUGUGUCCAAAGAGAGGAGGUGCCAUGAAAGCUACCAGGACAGGGACUAAGUGGGCACAUGUGAGUUGUGCCCUCUGGAUUCCGGAGGUGAGCAUUGCUUGCCCAGAAAGGAUGGAACCAAUCACAAAAGUGUCUCACAUUCCACCAAGUCGAUGGGCUUUGGUCUGUAGCUUAUGCAAACUGAAAACUGGUGCUUGUAUUCAGUGCUCUGUGAAAAGUUGCAUUACUGCCUUUCACGUCACCUGUGCCUUUGAGCAUAGCUUAGAGAUGAAGACCAUUUUGGAUGAUGGGGAUGAGGUCAAGUUCAAGUCAUAUUGCCUAAAACAUAGCAAAAACAAGCAGAAUUCACUGCCUGAUAUUGAUGAGAACCCUAAGAGCAUGGCAGACCAGAAGCACACAGAGAGUGAGAAAACCAGUUUGCGUGCUCAGAAACUUAGAGAGCUGGAAGAGGAGUUCUACACACUAGUUAAAGUAGAAGAUGUUGCAGCAGAACUGGCCCUUCCUAAGCUUGCUGUGGACUUCAUCUAUAAUUACUGGAAAUUAAAGCGGAAAAGUAACUUUAAUAAACCAUUGUUUCCUCCCAAGGAGGAUGAAGAAAAUGGGUUGGUGCAGCCAAAAGAAGAUAGCAUUCAUACCCGCAUGCGAAUGUUUAUGCACUUGAGACAGGAUCUAGAGAGGGUGAGGAAUCUAUGCUACAUGGUAAGCAGAAGAGAGAAACUAAAAUUGUCUCAUAGUAAAGUACAUGAACAAGUCUUCAACUUGCAAGCUCAGCUCACUAACCAGGAAAUUGCUGCAGGCCAUACUCUGACAAGUGCACUGGAAAACACACUGUUUUACCCACCUCCCAGGAUCACCCUGAAGUUAAAAAUGCCUAAAUCAGCACUGGGGGAUUGCAAAAAUAACUCACUGAAACCUGGCAACAGACCCCUUUCUCCUGACAACAAUACCACUGUGUACAGCAAAAGGAGUUUGCAGCUGUCAAAGGAGUCAUUUGAAAUUAAAAUGAAAUCUUACUCAAGGUACCAGCAUGACAACCGAAGUAACGGGCUGCUGGGAGGGAUCAGCAAGUCUAGGAAUGAAACGAAGGAUUUAGGACCUGCACAGUUACCAGAGUUUCCUCGUGGGCAGCCAUCUGGUAAACCAUUAGCACUUCAAGCUGCUUUGCAUGGACAGUCUUCAAAUGGCAAUGGAAAAAUGCAGCAAGAGAAUGCAAGACUAGUCAAGUCCAAUGGUUUAAUGGGAAGGUCAGGGGAUGUUAUUCAGAGAGACAGCUCCAGCCAGACGCCAUAUGAACACGAUUCUGUGCUCACUGCUCAUUUGGCUAGUCAGAGCAGCUUUAGAAAAUCCACCAUAGAACAUUUUAGUAGGUCCUUUAAAGAGGCAACCAACAGCUUGGUGAGGACCACAGAAGAUCUCAGAUGCUGUGAAAAGCCAACAAGAAGGCUUUCAACUAAAGAACGUUUGUGGAACAAACAGGUUCUUGAAGGAGCUCCUUACCAGGACAAUGAUGGGUAUUGCCCCGAUUUGGAACUGAGUGACUCUGAAGCUGAAAGUGAUGAGAAUAAAGAGCAAGUCAGAUUAAGGAGAAGCAGCUCAGAGAGGGGAAGCCCAAGUAAAGAUUUUGGUCGAGAUUGUCACAGUAGAAACAAAAAAAAUAUGAUUUCUCACAGUUCAGUUCAAAGGUGAUUAGAACCUUCUAUGGGGGUAACUCAACCUUGGCAUAACCCGGUGUGCCGGUGCAAAAGGGUUUCUGACUACAGCACAGGACCAUGUUAAAAAGACAUGCAGUAGGAAAGAGGGAAACAGCAACUGGAGUAGUGUUACAGCUGUGAAUUGGCUUGCCAUUUUAAGGUGGUUAAUCAAGUUUUUCUGCAAGGUCUUAAGGAAAUCCAGUGAGUUUUAUCAGGGUUUACAUCUGGGAAAGGUUGGAGCAGUGAACCUUUGUUAUUGCUCCAGGGAACUGCUUCCUUUUUGCCAGCUUUUGUGUAAGGCAGUGCUUACAAUAUAUGAUGACAGCUUUGUGUUGGAGACAGCUAUUAAAAGAGUCCUUGCAUUAAUGUGUAACAUGCUGCAAGAGACUAAUGUGGACACUGAAGCUGCAUUCCCAUUGCACCUGCAGUGUGGCCUUGAUCCAGCAGAGCACUUAAGCACGUGCUUACUUGUUAAGCAUGUGAAUAGUCCCAUAGAGCAUUUAUACACAUGCUUUUUCGGUGCUGUGUAUGAAUAGCGAAAUGUGCAUGAGCGCGAAGAAAAUGGCGGCACGCUUUUGAACUGAAACACCUUCGAUGUGUUUUAGUUCAAAAGUGUGCUACCGCCAUUCACUCCAUACUGAUGUGCAUUUCACCGUUUAUACAAAUGUAUGUGCCUCAGCAGCAGGUGCUUUUAACAGACACCUGGUGCUGCAGCGCAGGCAUGCGUACAAAUGCCUAUAGAGUUCAGUGGUGAUACUUGGACACUUAAAUUUAAAGCCUUUGUUUAAGCUCUUGGCUGGAUUGGGGUCGAAGUGACUACUAAAUGGAGAUCUUGUUGGGCAGAAUGUCUAGAACUCCAGUGAUAUUUGUGAACCCUUUCUCAGGGUGGAAGCAAACAUCACCAAUGCUGCCAAACUUACUGACCUCUAGAUACGCCCCCAUUCUUGCUCAUGCUAAAGGUUGUGUUUCCCUUUACAAUAAUUUGCUUAUUUUGUAAAUAUACAACUUCUAGCGCUUCAAUUUUUUAAAUCUCUGUAUAUAACUGCUUGUUGUGGGAUGCACUUGUAAAUAUUUUACCCAGCUAACAAGUACAGAUGGCUAAUUUUGUGAAUAGUGUUUACAAAAGUAGAUGUACUACUUCAAAGAAGAAUGCUAUUUGACACCUAAAUUUAGGCAAUCACGGAUGGUGCCAGGUCCCUGGUGAAAAUGAUUUCAUAUCUGGUGGCAUAUAUACCUGGUAUUUUUUAAAUAAGCUGAACUAGAAAUCUUUUUUGUUUGACCUUUUUGUAGAGGCCAAAAUUUUCAAACUUAGCUGCUGAAGUACAAGUUUAGAAACCUUAACUUCUGGCACCUCAGUCUGAAAAAAUGUAGCCAGCUGUUAGUUGAAAGUACAUUUUUAUUACUAGUGGCCUAAACUAAAUUACAUUUUAAGAUGCUUAUCAAUUUCCAGUUAGUUGCUCCUUCCCAAACUAAAAUGCUGCGCGCCAGUCCUAAAAUUUGCCAAUGCAAAUUGUAAACUAAUGUAGAAACAGUCAACCAACCACAGAAAAUAUCCUGUUUUGUUCAUUACUGUACACGGCUUUGUUUUUUUAAUAAAAAUAAACUUCUGUUUUUCAGAUAUUGUGUUAACCAAGAGAUUAAUUGCAUUGUUCUGCUGAAAUGCUAUAUAUUUUUUAGUCAUAAAUGUGUAAAGCCCUGUCCCACAUCAGGGCCUGGAAUGGGACAUAUGUUGCAUAGAGCUCCACAUAAAGCUCCUUUGCCUUGGAGUAAAUUUCACCCAAAAGACAGAUGUUAAACACCCAAUAUAAAGAAGUCUACAGAAUACAAAUUGCAGCUUCAUUUUUCUUCUUUUUUUUCCCUUCAUGGUCCUAAUUAAUUUUGUGGAUUUUAGUUUGGGAAAGCACAACAAAACCUUUUUGGAUGACUUGAACUGGAAAUUUUCCUAACUGCAAUAGUUAUCUACUUGGGUCUGGAGGACAUGUCAUUAAUGAAAUAAAAAAUAUACUUGGCAGUUCUGCGCUCUCUGCUUCAUGCAUCCUUAUGAUUGUUUUCUUUCACUUCUUGAUUUUCUGUAUAUCUGUGUAAUUGUCUUUCUAGAGGUGUAUUUUCAAAAUAUUUCUUUUGGUGUAAAUAUGCAGUAGCAUUUUUAGGUUUCCUUAUAUUUUAUUUUAAUUGGAAAUGCUUUGUGUUCCUAAGCCAUGGGUAAUUCAGAAUGAGUAAGCAAAUGUCUGUUCAUUUGUACUCUGAUUCUCUUAGUUCUCCUUCAAUAUUUAUUAUUAAUCCUUUACUGGUCAUGAAAUUGUAUGGAGCUCAUCUUGGGAAUAUAUUUAUCUCAGAGGCCAGCAGAACAGUAUGCUCUUUCAUGCCCAGUAGUUGUAUCUGUCAGAGGUUGGGGAAAAUGGUGCUUCAGCAACUCCAGAGUCUCUGCUGUUUGGGGAAUGCUCACUCAAUUGUUUCCAGCCCGGGCAAUAAUCUUGUAGACUUUUACAAGAUGUUAAUAGAUACAUGAAGGAGUCCUUGGUUAUGUAGUUCUCAAGUACUGUCCUCAAAGUGCAUUUUGCUAGUUUUUACUGUGUGUUCGGUGGCUAACUGUUUGAAGUAUUACCUCUUAACCUUAUUUGUUAACUUUUUGUUUUCCAUUUUGUUUUUAUUUAUAUAUAUAUAAAUUAAAUUUAUAUGUGUAAUUUAUAUAUAUAUAAAUUGAAUUCAGUUUUCCAAGAUGGACUCAGUCUUUUUCAGAUAUCCCCUUUUUACAAGUACUUUUUCAUUAAAUUAUGAAACUGCUAACAGUA